AUGUGGCGGAGAGGCUGGGCCGCGAGGCUCGGCGCCGGCGGCUGGAUUGCCGCGUGCAAGAGCUGGAUUCGUACGCCGUGGUGAGGCUCGACGGCCGGGCGGGAGACCCUGGGCCCGAUGGCGUCGGGCGGUCGGAGCCGAUGCAGGGGAAGAGGAGGCUUGGCUUCAGGUUGGGGCCUCCGCGAGAUGGUUUCUCUGAGUGAAGGGGAGGACAUGUCGGGGGCCUGUUCCUUACGGCCAGAGCUCUUACACUUGUGUCUUUUCGUUGAGGCGAAUCUGAUUAGGGAGCCCCUGGUGAUAUUUGUUUGUGCGACUACAGGCCAAGGAGACCCUCCUGACAACAUGAAGAACUUCUGGAGGUUUAUAUUCCGGAAGAACCUGCCGGCCACCUCCCUCUGUCAGCUGGACUUUGCUGUCCUGGGCCUCGGGGACUCCUCCUAUGCCAAAUUUAACUUUGUGGCCAAGAAGCUGCACCGCCGGCUGCUGCAACUUGGGGGCAGUGCCCUCCUGCCCGCAUGCCUGGGUGAUGACCAGCAUGAUCUGGGGCCAGAUGCUGCCAUUGACUCCUGGCUGAGGGACCUGUGGGAGAAGGUGCUGGGCCUGUACCCAGUGCCUCUGGACCUCGCCGAGAUCCCCCCUGGAGUCCCCUUGCCCUCCACGUUCGCCAUCCAGCUCUUCCAGAAUAUGCCCAGCACAGUUGCCCAGGAGCCGUUUGUGUCAAGUCUGGAUCCUCAUCAGCCCCCAUCAGAGUCACAGCCAUUCCUAGCACCCAUGGUCACAAACCAGAGGGUCACAAGUCCCUCACACUUCCAGGAUGUUCGGCUGAUCGAGUUUGACAUCACUGGCUCUGGCAUCAGCUUCUCUGCCGGCGAUGUGGUACUGAUUCAGCCGUCCAACUCAGCCGCCCACGUCCAGCAGUUCUGCCGGGUGCUGGGCCUGGACCCCAACCAGUGGUUCACACUGCACCCACGGGAGCCAGGUGUGCCCUGCCCACCAGGGCUGCCCCAGCCCUGUUCCGUGUGGCACCUUGUGACCCAGUAUCUGGACAUUGCCAGCGUGCCCCGCCGCUCUUUUUUUGAGCUUCUGGCCUGUCUGUCCGCACACGAGCUGGAGCGGGAGAAGCUGCUGGAGCUCAGCUCGGCCACAGGUCAGGAGGCGCUGUGUGAAUAUUGUAGCCGGCCUCGAAGGACCAUCCUGGAGGUGCUGUGUGACUUCCCACACUCAGCGGGUGCCAUCCCCCCGGACUACUUGCUGGACCUCAUCCCACGGAUCCGGCCAAGAGCCUUCUCCAUUGCCUCGUCUCUGCUGGCUCAUCCCAACAGGGUGCAGAUCCUCAUGGCUGUGGUGCAGUACCAGACUCGCCUCAAGGAGCCCCGCCGUGGCCUCUGCUCCUCCUGGCUGGCCUCCCUGGACCCUGGGCAAGGACCCAUCCGGGUGCCCCUGUGGGUACGGCCAGGCAGUCUGGCCUUCCCAGAGUCCCCAGACAUACCUGUGAUCAUGGUGGGGCCUGGCACCGGCGUGGCCCCCUUCCGAGCAGCCAUCCAGGAGCGUGUGGCUCAGGGUCAGACUGGAAACUUCCUGUUUUUUGGCUGCCGCUGGCGGGGUCAGGAUUUCUACUGGGAGGCUGAAUGGCAGGAACUGGAGAAGAGAGGUUGCCUGACUCUCAUCACAGCCUUUUCCCGGGAGCAGGAACAGAAGGUGUAUGUGCAGCACCGGCUCCAGGAGCUGGGGCCCCUCGUCUGGGAGCUGCUGGACCGUCGUGGCGCUUACUUCUACCUGGCAGGCAAUGCCAAGUACAUGCCGGCAGAUGUCACGGAGGCCCUGACGUCCAUCUUCCAGGAGCACGGUGGGCUCUCCAGCCCUGAUGCAACCACUUACCUUGGCAUCCUCCAGCGUACGCUGCGCUUCCAGAUGGAGACCUGGGCCUGAGAGGCCACCUGCCAGCCCACAGCCAAUCUGACAGCUGUCCUGGGGUCCAGGGGAGUCCCCGGGGAAGCUCGUAGUAGAGGAGCCAGCAACAGCUCAUACCCUGGUCCUUACCACACUGAAGGACCAGGGUCCUAUGCCAUCAGCCCUGACUACAGCCUGACCUACCACCCCGCCCUGUCUAUGCCCUGCCCCACCAUCCUGUCCUGUGUCCCCCACUUGGGAACAGGGCACUGUUCAUCUUUCUGCCUGGGUGCUCCCAGCCAUUCCAUGGCACCCUGGGGGACCAUGCUGCUCCCAGUUGCCCUGCAGUACCCACAGCGCUCAGGGUUGGGCCAGAGGCUACCAGAGCCUCCACAGCCUCCUAAGCAUCGUGAAGAGCCCAGGCCAGGCCCUUUCUCUCCGAGUCCCAGAAGCCUUGGUAGUAAAUGUGGCCUCUGGGCAGCUGUUCCCAUGCGUGUUGUCUUUCUGCUC